AUGUCGUCCAUCGAUGCAGGUAAUAUGUCUGAUCAUGUUUUGGCGUUCAACAUUCUAGUGCAUGUCGCCAUUACGAAUAUAUUUCAUCCUUUCAUCAUGGAUCCUAAUAAUGAGCAUCUUGAUCCUGCUUCUCUUGAGUCUCCCAAAGCCGUUUUACGAGCUUCGAUAAACCAGCUUCAGCGUCUCAUCCUCAUAAGCCGGCUUCACCAUCCGCAUGCCCACGCACUCAGUGUUUUGAGUUCAGCGGUAGUGCACGUCAGCAACACCAUCAUCCGCGACGCAGCGCUUCAAAACCAAACGAUACAGCCAGACUUUAGUAUCACCAACCAAAACAGCACCGAUAAGAAUCCCAACUGGUAUUUCUACUUCUUAGUGUGUUUGGCAGCAUGUCAAGAUCUGGGUGCUUGCUUCCCUGUUUUCGAACCAGUCGGAAAGGGGCUAUUGGCUAUGGCUCUGCGCGAUGGUAGUAUGUCAGCUGCCGAGGCUAAUAGACUUGUGCGUACUCUAGAAGGAAAACGGCCGAAGCCUAAAGAAAAGAAGGAGGGUGAGUUUGGGAGUUUUGUUUUAGAUUUCGAUCUAGAGGUUACGAAGCAGGGAGGUGGACAAGUUAAAGAUUUGGCAGCGCAGUUUGAAGAGUUUAGUAUGCAUAGCGAGUUUACAGAGGGAGGAGAUUUUGUUGUUGAUUGA